CGAUCCCGAUCCCGAUCCCGGUCCCGGUCCCGGUCCCGAUCCCCAUCCCGAUCCCGGUCCCCGUCCCGAUCCCGGUGCCGCCAUGGAGGAGCCGCCGCCCGAGCAGCCCCCGGCUGCUGAGCAGGAGGCUGCGGAGGCUGCGGCCGGCCCCGAGUGGAACAUCCCUCCCAACGCGCCCGCCUGCAUGGAGCGGCACCUGGAGGGCGCGCACUACCGCGCAGACGGGGCCCUGUUGCUGGGCGCCUCGGGACUGAACGGGCGCUGCUGGGCCGGUUCCCUCUGGGUGUUCGCCGACCCGCGCCGUGCCCCCAGCGAGGGUUUCUGCACCGCCGGCGUCCAGACCGAAGCGGGUGUCGCCGACCUGUGCUGGGUGGCUGACAGGGGCAUCCUGGUGGCCUCCGACUCCGGCGCCGUGGAGCUCUGGGAGCUGGAUGAGAAGGAAACCCUCAUCGUCAACAAGUUCUGUAAAUACGAGCACGAUGACAUCGUGAUGACGGUGGCCGUCCUGGCCGGCAGCACCCACGUUGUCAGCGGUGGCAGGGACUUCUGCGUGAAGGUCUGGGACCUCCCGCAGCAGACGGUGCUGCACUCCUACAGAGCUCACUCCGAUGCGGUGACAUGUGUGGCUUCCUGUCCUGGUAAGGACACCAUGUUCCUGUCCUGUGCGGAGGACAACAGAACUUUACUCUGGGACACCAGAUGCCCCAAACCAGCUACUCGAAUUGUUUGCAGUGCCUGUAAUCACCUCCCUACCUCAGUCAUGUGGCAUCCACACAAAAGUGACAUCUUUGCUCUGGGUGAUGAAAAUGGAACAGUUGCACUCGUAGACACAAAGAACCCUGAUUCUGCCCUCAGCUCCACUGUGCAUGCCCGAAAUAUCACGGGGUUUGCGUUUUCUACACAUAGUUCACCCUUACUGGCUUCAAUCAGUGAAGACUGUUCAGUAGCUGUUCUUGAUUCAGACCUCUCAGAGGUGUUCAGAAGCCGUUCUCAUCAAGACUUUGUGAAAGGCUUAUCAUGGUCUCCUUCAGACAAUGCCUUGCUCACUACAGUUGGAUGGGAUCAUCAGGUUUUACAUCACACUGUCCCCAUACCGACUGCUGAAGCUUCUGGAGUCAACUGUGUAAAGGAAUAGUUUUAUAAACUCAUGGUCCAAAUUCCUUCCUGGCACUACUUUGAUUCUGCUGAAGUCAAGGGGGUGUGAACUGGAGUUCACGGUAGAGGCUGUUGUCUGCCUUGAAGCUUGUGACUAAGGAGGUUCCUGUAGUAAUUUUGAGUUAGGCAUAAGUUAGUUACAAGCCAAGCUUUACCCUCUCCCUGGGAGCUCACUUCACCUGUGAUAAGACUUCAGUAUUUUAUCCAGAGAAAAAUUGACUUCAGGCACAGAGGAGACUUGGGAAGACAGAGAAUUGCGUAUAAUUAAAAAUGAAGGCUCUCAAUUCCUCCCUCAGUUCUCCAAACCAUCCAUGGAGUUUAUAGAAACAUUGGGGUGGGAAGAUUAAAAACAACAAGGGCAAGAGCCUCAUCCUUGAGCAAAGUUCUUUGCUGUGUAAAUCAAGUUUUCCAAUUAAAUGGGAAGAUGUGUUGGCAUUGAAAGACACUUGUCCUUAACGCAGCGUGUGUUUUAGAGGUUGGUCAUCAAUAUCUGCUAGUGUGGAUCCUGUGGUGAGCACUGUUUAAAUGCAGGUAUUGGAAUGACAGUGCUUGGUGUGAGGAGCUGUGUAUGAUCAGGAUCCCAGCUGUGGCCCUGCAGUUACACACCUUUGUGACAGUGCAUGACAGGCUGAAAUACUGGGACCUGUGAUCAGCGUUGGCGGAGCAGCUCAAAGGGCCAUUACUGUAGCAUGCUGAAAGCCAAGAGAAGUUAGUUGCUAAGGCUGUUUGACACCAUGUUUCAUCUCCUCUGUGCUGAAGACAACUUCCUCAGAGAUAAGACCUGUGAGCAAAAGUUAAUUUAAGGGAAAAACUGGAUUAAUGACUUCAGUUUUCAUUUGCUUGCUCCUAUAAACAGGCUCUGCUUAGUGAUAAAUGAUAACUCCUUACACACUUGUGACUCCUUGUGCCGGUGACAUUCCGUAAUCACCGAAGCAGACUCCACAGAAUCCUUAGGGUGUUUUUUGUGGUAUGACACAUACUUCUCAAACAAACUCAACUGUUGCCCUGGAACGUAUUUAACUGAAAACCAGAUCAUUGCUCUGCAUGCUUUGCCACUGCUCGAGAUACGGCUUGGUCUGGCUGAGUAUUUCCUAGACAGAAUAAAGCAGGUCCUGACUACUGAAACGAGAAAUCCCAUUGGAAUGAAUGCUACUCCUGUUUCUUUAGCACGAUAGCAACACUAACACACCAUUUCCACUGGGCUUAACCCUGCAUAAACACAGGCUUAACUUUGAGGCAGACUAAGCUUUCCCAGCCUCCAUACUUUCUCUUUUUAACCACAUUUGCUGCUUGAAUUCCCACAUCCUACAGGUGCUGACAGAGCAAAACUUCCUACUCUAGAACAGUGGAUGGGAAAGGUAAAAAAGCUUUGCUAAAAACUGACAAGUUUCCUCCAAAGUCCAACCAAAACCAUUACCUGUUAUGGACCUCCAGUGGUGUGCUGAGAACUGCAACAGGUCUUGUGCUGCUUGUGAAAACAUUGUCUGGGGGGGUGGGGAUGGAAGACGGUUUUCAACUCAAUCGUAGUUUUCAUUUGUAAGUGGGUAUAAGCUUCUCCAGGCCACUUCUGUAGUAAAGAACCAGCCGAGAUCAUGCACACAGUUAAAAGUUGUGAUUCCGAUUGCCGAGAUUAAAACUGUUCUUAAAUAAACGUA